UGGAUCCAGAAGAGGAUGAGGAUGUUAUCUCGAUGAAGACCAGAGGUACUUAUGCAACACCAGCUCUUGCGCCCCCUGCAGACACAGACCUUGACAUGUUCAUAUACACAAACUUCAUGAAGAGUCACUGCUGCUAUGAUGCUAUUCCUACCAGCUCCAAACUGGUCAUCUUCGACACCACAUUGCAGGUGAAGAAGGCUUUCUUUGCUCUGGUGGCUAAUGGUGUGAGGGCAGCACCACUGUGGGACAGCAAGCUUCAGUGCUUUGUGGGUAUGUUGACCAUCACUGACUUCAUCAAUAUUCUCCAUCGUUACUACAAGUCUCCUCUGGUUCAGAUUUAUGAGCUGGAGGAGCACAAGAUAGAAACAUGGAGAGAGAUCUAUCUGCAGUACUCGGUGAACAGACUGAUCAGCAUCACUCCUGACUCAAGUCUGUUUGAUGCCAUCUACUCACUGUUGAAGAAUAAGAUCCACCGGCUGCCGGUCAUUGACCCAGUGUCAGGAAACGUCCUCCACAUCCUCACUCAUAAACGCAUCCUCAAGUUCCUCUACAUCUUUGGAUCUAUGAUUCCUAAACCCAGGUUCCUUCAAAAGCAGAUCAGCGAGGUGGCGAUCGGUACCUUUAAAGAGAUUGCAACAGUCCAAGAAUCUGCCUCUGUCUAUGAGGCCUUGACCAUUUUUGUAGAGAGAAGAGUGUCCGCUCUGCCUGUGGUCAAUGAGCAAGGUAAAGUGGUGGCACUCUACUCUAGAUUUGAUGUCAUUAACCUCGCAGCUCAGAAAAAUUAUAACAACCUGAACAUGACGAUGCAGGAGGCCAUUGCCUCCAGAGCCUGCUGGGUGGAAGGAGUCCUCAAGUGUUACCCUCAUGAAACACUGGAGAUCAUCAUUGACCGCAUUGCAAAGGCUGAGGUGCAUCGUUUGGUAUUGGUUGACAAUGACGAUGUGGUGAGAGGGAUUGUUUCUUUAUCUGACCUCCUGCAAGCCCUGGUCCUCAGUCCUGCAGAUAUUUAUCAGAGAUCAUCCUUUUGAGGCUGACGAAAACCAGAUGAUCAUGUAGAACAAUGAGGUGGCG